CACGAACGUUCGGCACCGAAGAUCUCCCGCAAAAUGGUACGCAUGGGUGGCAUUUACAUCAAACUGGGUCAAAUUCUAUCCACAGUUGGUUCCGGAUUUUUAAACGAAGCCUACGUCUCGGCUCUACGCGUGCUUCAAGAUGGAGCCCCCGCUCGACCCUAUGCUGAUAUUGUACAUAUUGUGGAAUCAUCGACCGGUCGAACGAUGGAUGAAAUGUUUGUAGACUUUGAACCGACCCCGAUUGGGGCCGCGAGUAUCGGUCAAGCACACCGCGCCACUUUGCGCCUACCCAAUGGUGUCGACGCGGGGACAAUAUCUGAGCCCGUCAUUGUCAAAGUACAGUAUCCCGAAGUAGCCCGCUCGUUUCAAAUCGAUUUCGACAAUCUAGCGGUUGUGACACGCUGGUUCGAACCCGAGCAAGUAGAUUUGGUGGAAUCAUUACGCGCACGACAUAAUCAAGAGCUAGAUUUUCAUCACGAAGCUGAUAAUUUACGAACAGUCCGUCGGAACCUGCAACGCUCUGGCGUUGAGCCGACACUCGUCCGAAUUCCGAUGGUCCGUAACGAAACAGGCAUCUGCAAUAAUAACGUUCUCGUCAUGGAAUACCUGGAAGGUACCAGUUUGGCUUCCAAUCCCAAGCGCACUACGAAAGUCAAUCUUGGCCGAGUUUUGAAAACGCUCGUUCAUGUACACGGUCUUCAACUGAUGCAGGAUGGCGUGUUUAAUGCUGACCCGCAUCCCGGUAACGUACUUGUAUUGCCAGAUGGUCGACUAGGUCUAUUGGAUUAUGGCAUGGUC